AUGCAUAUCCCAACAGCUUUCGCAUCACUCUUGCUCCUCCCCCUCGCCCUCUGCGCACCACCAUCACCGCCCAACUAUGGCUACCCUCCAACCCAAGCCAUCACAAAGCUCACUCAAGGCGGGUACAAAUUCGCCCUCACCAUCGACCAAAAGCAAUGGUCCAACCUAUCGCAAGUCAUGACCGAAGAUAUCUACUACGACAGCAGUGCCCUCGGAGCAGGCUAUGGCGGAUUGGCCGUGGGACUCGACCAAGUCCGCACUGUGCUCGAAGAGACGGCGCCCGAAGGGAUCUACUGGGAGCAUCUGGUGACGAACCUGUACCUGGAGAAGUUGAAUACUCCGACCAACGCGAGCUCGAUUACUUAUAUCACCGUCUCGAGAUGGGAUCCUAGCGCUCUCCACGAUAUUACCAAGACAUACCGGAUCUACUACCGCUGCGACGAUGUGUGGCUUCUGCAGGAUGGGAAUUGGAAGUUGUCGCACAGUAUUGUGAGGAAUACGGGACCCCGGGUGGAGGCUCCCUACUUUGGCUCGAUUUCAAUGAGCCAAGAGUGA